GGAAUGUUGCGGGGAUUGUUGCACUCCUUCCCCCCACCCGCCCGGGCUCGAAGAAGGGAAGAUCGGAGCGAUGCCUCCCGCCGGAACGACCUCUGUGACCGCUUACCACGUCCGGCCUCUCGGAACCCCCAAAGCCUUGGCAAGCCACAGUUUCGGAAACACGACGAAUAAAUCCGAAAAUGGCUCUUCCAAAGAUGGAGGAGGAGGAGGAGGAGGACACCUCGAAUAUAUCGCUUAUUUUCUGAUUCCAGUAUUCUUCCUUAUGGGGCUGUUGGGGGUUUUGAUUUGCCAUGUGCUGAAGAGAAAAGGCUAUCGGUGCACGACCGAAGCGGAGGAAGAAGAUGAACAGCUUGAGGAAAAGAUAGAAUUGAAUGACAGCGUCAAUGAAAACAGCGACACGGUGGGGCGGAUAGUUGAUUAUAUCAUGAAAAACGAAGCCAACGCAGAUGUGCUGAAGGCCAUGGUGGCUGAUAAUUCGGUCUGCGAUCCAGAAAGCCCAACGACUCCAGGCAGCCCAACGAGUCCAGGUUCUCCGUUGUCUCCUGGAGGCCCUUUGUCAAAACACACUUGCCGAGGACACCACUUGCACACCAUUGGCGGCGUGGCUGAGACAGGCGCUUGUUCUCGUUGCAGCCAGAAACGGUGGAAUCUCUUCAGUCCAAAUAAAAGAGGCAAAGAAGCCAAAAAAUCCCGUCAUGGACAAGUUACCGUGCUCUCCGUGGGAAGAUUUCGGGUUACCAAAGUGGAACAGAAGUCUGCUGCGAAGGACCGGAAACACUUGGUGUCUGUCAGCGGAGGCCACGCUGGUGACAUGCCCUCUACUCCUGGGAAAGAAAGCUCCAAAGAACAGCCAGCUUCGCUUCCUGUCACACCGGAAUCGAAAGAGCUGAAAUCAGCACCGACCAAACAGGGAAAGGAUGUGAGUUCGGAUUCAGGGUAGCAAAGUUGAUGGCAGGACAUCCCAAGCAGGGUUAGAGAAAGCAAGAAAGACCAUUGGAAAGGGGAAAAAAAAGAGACUUUUCAAGGAGCUAUUUGUGAAUGCCACGCCAUGGGCAUCUUUCACUAACUGAAUCUCUGCACCGUUCGGCCCCAGAUAUUUAACAUAUUGUUAAUAACGGAAUAUUGAAUGGCAUUUAUUCAACUGAAGGUUACCAGAAUGUACUACCUGCAAUUUUAUAUAUGUGUGUUUAAAAAACGCCUUUUUAUUUUUAUUUUUCCUCUGACAAAGCAAGAACUUAAUGAAAAUUCUCUCUUGGAAAUGGGGGGAACCCCCCCAAAACUCUUUCCCCACCCUAGAUCUCUUGUAUGCGUCGCACGGCCUGAGGUCGAAGCCGAUUGACCAAAGCAAAUGACACAAAUCAUGUAAUCCCAUACUGCUCGUUCCUUGAGCACAGGAGAAGGGAAAUGGGGAGCCGUCUUUUCGCCUUAAUUUAUUGUGGCUGCUAAAUAAUACACUCCUUUAAUUGCAUUGAUUCAGUGGCUUUACUAUAAUUGCUCUUUGGUUCUCAAAACCGAAUUUAGCGUAUUUUUCGAGCUUGGUUGAGCUGCUGAUUGAAUUUUGUAGAUGUAGCCAAGAACUACCCUGUUUCCCCCAAAAUACGACCUACCUUGAAAGUAAGUCCUAGCUUGAUUUUUACACAUGAGCCCAAUAUAAGCCUUGCCCCCAAAAUAAGCCUUAAGAUCCCAUCCACUCCAGAGUCCACGGGUAAAAAUUAAGUUAGGGUGCGGAUUGGGUGGUGGAGCUGCCCUACUACUUACCUUGGACAAUUGUAGCUAGGUCUUGCCCACUCUGACACCUGCCUUGCCAGCCCAUUUCUUCUGCAGCUGGCAAGGCUUCCCUGAAGGUAUCUGGAUAACAAAGCUCCGGAUCGAUCCAGAGUUCUGUUAUCGGCUGCAGAGGCCUUCAGGAAAGCCUUGCUGGGCACAGAAGAAGUUCCUGAAGGCCUCUGACCGUGAAAAGGAGGCCAGGGGUGACGUACGCAUGUGAGGUUAGUCAGUGGAUGACGCCCCUCAAAAAUAAGACCUGGUGACUUUUGUGGCAAAAAAAUAAGACAGGGUCUUAUUUUCGGGGAAACAUGGUAGUUCAAGGCUAGGUGUGCAAAUGUAUUCUUAACUUUCUUACUGAGGUCCUUUCUUUGGGCAAACUGUGACAGUAAAAAUGCAGGCGGUCCUCGAUGUAUGACCAAAAUGGAGCCCCAAAUUUAUGUUGCUGAGUGAGAAAGCUGUUAAGUGAGUUUUGCCCCAUUGUGCAACCUUCCUUGCCACGGUUGUUCCCGGGACACUGCAACCGUCGUAAAUGUGAUUCGGCGCCCAAGCAUCUGAAUUUUUGACCCCAGGGAUGCUGCCACGGCUGUAAAUGUGAAAACGUGCAUCACUUUUUUCAGUGCCGCUAUAGCUUUGAACGGUCACUAAAUGAACUGUUGUAAGUUGAGGACUACUAUAUUCCGCUGAGUCAGCUGUGCUCUUUUUCACAUUAUCCUUGUCACUCGUCCUUCUACCUGGUGGCAUUUGCCUUGGGGAAGCAUCUUCUGUUGAUAUCGUUCCCUUCUGAUAUAGCUAUUUUUGCUAGAUCAAGAUAGAUCCAAUCCCUAAAUUUGGAAAUGAAAAGUGUGAUGGAUGAUCUCAAUGAGUCUUUGCUCUAAAUCAGAGGUGAGGAAUUGUGACCCCUUUAUGACUCGAAGACUUCAACUCCCAGAAUUCUUCAAUAGGCAUGGCUGGCUCAGGAGUUCUGGGAGUUGAAGUCCACGAGUCAUAAAAGAUCCAAGUUUCCAUGCUGGCUCAGGAAUUCUGGGAGUUGAAGUCCGCAAGUCAUAAAAAGGCCAUAGUUCCCAUGCCAACUCAGGAAUUCUGGGAGUUGAAGUCCAUGAGUCAUAAAUGAGCCAAGUUCCCAUGAUGGCUAGGGAAUUCUGGGAGUUGAAGUUCACGAAUCAUAAAAAGGCCAAGUUCCCUGUCUCUGCUCUAAAUCAUAAUCCUGAUUCUCAGUGGAUUAUUAUUUAAUUACAAAUCCAUUCUUGAGGGGGAAAAAAAACUGCAAGUAUCCUUCAGGUCUACAGUGAGUUGUACUAAAACCAGUUGUGUGUGUGUGUGUGUCUCUCUCUCUCUCUCUCUCACACACACACAUGGCUAGGAAAGCUUUAAAUCAAUAUAAACGUCUUCAGCGGUUGACCAAAAUCUUUGGAUUUGAACAAAAACAUCGCUGUGCCUGAAUAAGUGUUUUUCUCUGUUGUAGUAGACAAUGCUGCCAUUUUAUCGAGAGGCUUGUGCGAUUUAUCAGCUGCCAAAGCGGAGAGGGUCUCACUUUUCACAUUAAAUGUAAUUUAACUGUGCAUUAAAUGUAUGUUAACCAUUUGGUUUGGUUUGUGAGCAUUUUGUACAAUAAACUUUAUUGUUCAUUUU